AUGGCUCCGCCGUGGUCUUCGCCACUUCGGUAUUCUCGGAUCCGACUCGUCCACGCCGAAGACUUGGAAACAGUCUACCCGAUCCUCGCUUCCUACGCAGUCGACCUGGAGCUUGCACUGACGGUUAAAGAGCUGACGAUUGACACAGAUCGCUGGCCCAACGAGCGUUCCUGCCACUGUGGCUUAUGUGGCGGCCACGUGUUCUGUAGCAUACACGAUCCCGCCAAGCCCGUCGACAAACGUGCCCACGGACUUCUCGAAAAUCGCAUCCGCGACCUCGGCCUGGACCCGGAAGGGACCGAGGACAUGAUUGCGGCUCUGGCCUGGAAGAUGAAGCUGCUCCUCGGACAGAAGCCUCACGAAGCCGACGGCGUCAAGAAGCUCGCUACCGACUACGCUUCUGCCGUUGCUGUUCUUCUGCUGUCCUUUUGCAGGAACAUCACCCAUCUCUACUUUGGAGAAAUCGCGGGAUGGCGUUUCAAGCCCCUCGAAGAGAUGCUCUACAAAUCCAACUAUGGUUUGGUUCCGCAAGAGCACCGUGUUUUCCAGAACCUAGAAAGCGCUCAGAGGCUCUGCCUGUCCGAGGGAGAGGACGAAAGAUACUACUACAGGACUGAGUACCUAGAGAUGAUGAGAUUAUUCCACCGACUCCCCAGGUUCUCUAGACUGAUUCUGGAUGCAACCGGAGAAUACCAGUCGUACCGCUAUACCUUCCCACCGGGGAGCGGUUCCGCCCCAAUCAAGACCAUUGAGAUGAGACACACAGACAUCUUCGGCUCGAUGGCCCUCUUGACCCACAAGGCCACCCUCAAGACCCUGGAUCUCGACAUUGAGCAUGCAAUCAGCAGUGCGGCAUUCUACUUCGAGGACGAGGAUAAGGAUGAGGAUGAGGAAGAGUCGGAAGACCUGGAGAUCGAACGGGACGAGUGGUUUCUCCUGGACGCGGCCGUGAGCUCGGGUCCGCUGGACCCCGAGGACAUGCCCCUCGAUCGGGAUUACGACAGGACAAUCGGCUCGCUCCACGACUUCCCUGCGCUGACGCGACUGAGCAUCAACAUUCAAGCGCUCGUUGGCGUCGGUACCCCGUUCGGCGUGCGACCGCAUGCCCCCUACAAACUCGUGCAACAACCGCCGUUCAGGCUCGUUGACGCGCUGCCGCCCAACUUGGAGUUCCUGUGUCUCUAUGGUUAUGUAAAGGGAUUCAACGAGGUGGUCGAUGACCACGUCAGGGAGCUGAUGGAGCGUAGAGGGGAAAGGCUGCCGAACCUCAAGGAAGUCGUCGGCGUCGACAAGGAGGUUGUGGGAGAGGGCUCCGGGUACGAGGUCAGCCCGCCCGAGGAUGGGCUAUGGACCUUGUCCAGACCUGAUAUGGGAUGGGUUGAAAUUGAGCAGUGA